GCAUGCCCCGCGACCCGCCACCCAAUCGCGGCGCGCUUUGUUGCGGGGGUGCGGCAGCCGCCGAGGUCCCGUUUCAAGAUGGCGGACGACAGUGAGACAGCAGUGAGGCGGCCACCGCCGAGGCCUCAGCGGCCGUCCGCGGAGGAGAAUGACCACGAUCACUGCAGCGACUGCGAGAACGAGGCAGAGCACGGCUCCAACCGGGGUGGCUUGAGUCCAGCAAAUGACAGCGGAGCCAAAAAGAAGAAAAAGAAACCGAAACGGAAGAAAGAGAAAGGAGGAGAUCAACCUGACCAGGCUCAGGACCAGCCAGUAAAGGUGAACUCUUUACCGGCUGAGAGGAUCCAGGAGAUUCAAAAAGCCAUCGAGCUCUUCUCCGUAGGUCAGGGACCUGCCAAAACCAUGGAGGAAGCCAGCAAGCGGAGCUACCAGUUCUGGGACACGCAGCCAGUGCCCAAGCUAGGAGAAGUGGUGAACACCCACGGUCCCGUUGAACCAGACAAAGACAACAUCCGUCAGGAGCCAUACACCUUGCCCCAGGGCUUCACCUGGGAUGCCCUGGACCUUGGAGAUAGAGGCGUGCUGAAAGAGCUGUACACGCUUCUGAACGAGAACUACGUGGAAGAUGAUGACAACAUGUUCCGGUUCGAUUACUCUCCUGAGUUCCUGCUGUGGGCACUGCGUCCUCCGGGCUGGUUGCCCCAGUGGCACUGUGGUGUCAGAGUUGUCUCCAGCAAGAAGCUGGUUGGAUUUAUCAGCGCGAUUCCAGCCACUAUCCACAUCUAUGACACAGAGAAGAAGAUGGUGGAGAUAAAUUUCCUGUGUGUCCACAAAAAGUUGCGCUCCAAACGGGUGGCUCCGGUUCUGAUCCGUGAGAUCACACGGCGGGUUCAUCUGGAGGGGAUAUUUCAGGCUGUUUACACUGCAGGAGUGGUGCUGCCAAAGCCUGUGGGGACUUGCAGGUACUGGCACCGGUCCCUGAAUCCUCGGAAACUCAUCGAAGUCAAAUUUUCCCACCUGAGCAGGAACAUGACUAUGCAACGUACCAUGAAGCUUUACCGGCUGCCAGAGACUCCCAAGACUCUCGGCUUGCGGCCAAUGGAGCAUAAAGAUAUUUCUGCAGUGCACAAGCUCUUGACCGAAUACCUGAAGCAGUUCCACCUGACGCCCGUCAUGAGCCGAGAGGAGGUGGAGCACUGGUUCUUACCUCAGGAGAACAUCAUCGACACCUUCGUGGUAGAGAGCGCCCCUGGGGAGGUGACAGACUUCCUGAGCUUCUACACGCUGCCCUCCACCAUCAUGAACCACGCGACUCACAAGAGUCUGAAAGCUGCUUACUCCUUCUACAACGUUCACACCAAGACGCCUCUCAUCGACCUCAUGAGCGAUGCUCUCAUACUCGCCAAGUCGAAAGGAUUCGACGUGUUCAAUGCACUGGAUCUCAUGGAAAACAAAACCUUCCUGGAGAAGCUGAAGUUUGGGAUUGGGGACGGGAACCUGCAGUAUUACCUGUACAAUUGGAAGUGUCCCAGCAUGGCACCAGAGAAGGUAGGACUGGUGUUGCAGUAAGCAAGCCCUGCGAGGAGAGCGCAGCGCCGCUGAGGAGCUGGGCCCGGGAGAGAUGCUGCCCUCGCCGUUUCCGCCAAAGCCGGCCCCGUGUGUGGAGAAGUGGAACUGAACCAGCUACACGAACAUCGACUGAUUUUAGCGAUUGUAUCACACAAUGCCGGCCACGGCUCCCCGGUGGCGUCAGUGGUCUCCUUUGUUUUGGUUUAAUUGCAUCCUCGUAAAGACGUGAUCAAGGGAAUGUAACUGCAGAAACUAGCUCAUGAUUGGCAUAUAAUGGAGUUAACGGGUGAAUAAUAAAAGUAUAUAUUAUA